GGCAUAAAAGGGCCGUAUGUACUCAGUUGAUCAAGUGUGCAUUAUAUAGUAUUUAAAAGUGGAAAUAACAGAAAACUACUAGGAAAACUGGAUACUGUACACAAGGAAUAACUAUAUACAUGAAUGUAAUGCACUGAACACUGUGCUAUUCUCUGCAUUACAGAGUACUGUACCAGGGGAAGAAUAGUGACCUAUAUUGUCAAAAAUCGUAUUGGGUGUUACAGUGAGGUAUAUCGUAUCAAAAUGGCCGAAAGAAUAACCUAGAUUAUUUUUCUUGCACAUAAUCAUUACCGAGAAUAUGGGCGUUUCGUUUAUAUAAAUGCUUUCUUAAAAGUAUGGUUUAUAACUUAAGGCAUAAAGGGCAACGUUCACGGUUGUUCAUUGUAUAGUGAAUGGUAUUCACUAUUCCGCUGUGUGAAUAUCAGUAAACUACUUGGAUUAUUACAUGUGACAAUACACUGUACUUGAGGAAUAACGUUGAACUAUAUACAUGUAUGUAGUGCACUGAACAUUAUGCUAUUCUCUGCAUUACAGAGUACUGUACCAGGGGAAUAUAGUGAAUUAUAUUGUAUAAAAUCGUAUUGUGUGUUUCCGCGAAGAAUAUCGUAUCAAAAUGGCAGAAAGAAUAGACAAAAUAAUCUGUAGUAUUUGUUUAAACGAUUUUAAACAACCAAAAUUAAUCGACUGUCAACAUUUUUUCUGUUUGACAUGUCUAGAAGAUUAUAUCAGCAAGACCUCGACUAACAAUCGGUUUCCAUGUCCAUUGUGCCGUCAAUAUGUGAAGGUACCUGAAGAUGGUGCAGGUGGAUUCCCUGCUACUUCAGAUGUAGGAGGGAUGUCAGUAUGUAUAAAUCAAAUCCCACCAUGUGAUGUAUGUACAACUGGUGUUAAUGCUAAGGUUAGGUGUCAGGACUGUCAACAAAAAUUGUGUAUUUCUUGUAAAGAAACACACGAUUCUUUUAAAGGAAGUCGAGAUCAUGUUGUCGAAAAUAUAGAUGAUCUUACUAUGAAUCAAAGCGCAGAUCCACAUUCUAAGGAUGUUUGUCCAAAUCACCACAAGAGAAAAGCCAGAUGUUAUUGUAAAGAUUGUUCAAUAGCUGUUUGUUCUGAUUGUUUUAUAACCAGCCAUAGUUCACACAAAUUCAUUGAUUUGAAGGAUAGGGGCAUUGUAGAUCAAUUCAGAGAAGAAUUGAGAAGUUUAAAAGACGGUUUAGGGGAUCGCAUAAGUGAAUUUGAAAAAUAUUGCGAAUCUAUAGAAAAGGUUAUAGCAGAUAUUAACAACUCGGCUAAAACAUCUUGUGAAACUGUCGAUAAACAAGUUGAACAAAUCUAUUGCGAAAUUAAAGAACUUAGUGAGGAGAUCAAAGGUCAGAUUGAAAAAUCCCGUGCUGAAGAAACCCAAAAGCUGCUGCAUAUUCUUGGAGAAAUGAAAGCAUCAAUUGGUGAUUUAAACACCAGUGUAACAUGUUCAAUAGCUGUUUUAGACGAUAAAUCGAUUGUCAAGGUUAUCGACAAAAUACCGCAAGCUCAAGAUGAAAAAGUAAAAAGUAGUUUGAGACAAUUGGAUAUUCCGGAUGUAAAACACGCGCAUUUUGAAAAAGGAGUUAUUGAUAAAACCAUUUUAUUAAAACAUCUAGGAGUGGUGGAUAUUCUAGAUGAGUCAACAUUUACGAGAUGUUUUAACUUGACUGAACUGGAACUCACGAAUAGUGGAUAUGUUUAUGGUACUGAUUACCACAUCAGCGGACAGUCGUGGUAUUUAGGUAUAAGAAAAUUAAGCAAGGACAAUAAUUCAACUUUAGGAGUUUAUUUGUUUCUGAGAAACCUACACAACAAAAACUAUUCAGUACAAUUUGCGCUCACAUUGAUAAAUACAACUCGUGCUAAGACAGUAAUGCUUAACGGCAACCAUACUUACACAGGAAUGCAAGGUUAUGGAUUCCAUUCGUUUAUAGACUGGGACAAGCUUAAAGAUGAACAAAAUGGUUACCUGGACCAAAAUUACAACUUCAUAAUUAAAGCAACUGUUAGAGUAACCAAAUUAGAUGAUGAUGAUGAUGAUGAUGAUGAAGACGAUGAUGAUGAUGAUGAAGACGAUGAUGAUUAUACUUAUGAUGAUGACUAGGCAGGUCGAUUGACAUUUAAUUAAUACUUGACUUAAUCUAAACAAAUAUGAUUGCAGACGCACUACAAUGGUAUUAAAAAAAACUAAUGGGAGGUGACCCACAGUGCUGUAUAUGCUGGACAAGCAUAACUGUGUCGGAAAUAGUAAGAAAUGUCUGCUUAUCCUGCUUUUGGGUCGUUUUAUUUUCUAUUACAUCAUUAAAUAUUGUUAUAUUGAACAUUUUCAACUGACAAUGUCUUAUUUACAGUUGCACAUUUUAGUUACAUAUAGUUUUAUUACUAACACAGAGUAAUUAUCCUCUAAAUAGCGGAGUAAAUUAGGGUUGUUUAAAUGAAUAGGGACGUAUUUCUGCUAAUAGAAAUAUAAACCUAUAUAAGCGAAUUCAAAGCCUGGCCCGAUGUACUUGCAUGUACGACAAUACCAGCAUCCAUAAAUUUUACAUAUUUGACAGAAGAGAUUAAACAAAUACCAUAUAUAAUUUUAAAAUACUGAACAUUAGGUUGAUCCAUAAA